UCAAUGGAUUAUUCUCAAUAAAGUCUGAUGUAUUUAGCUUUGGCAUAUUGAUGUUAGAGAUAGUAAGUGAAAAGAAAGGUAGAGGCUUCUACGAUGAAAAUGGCAGUCUUAACCUCGUUGGAUUGGCCUGGACUUUGAUGAAGGAAGGCGAAACAUUUAAGCUUAUUGACAAGUGCUUGUUAGAAGAUCCAUACAAGAACAUGGAAGAAGCAUUGCGCUGCAUUCACAUUGGUCUCUUGUGUGUGCAACAAAAUCCUAUUGAUAGGCCUAACAUGUCUUAUGUUAUUCUAAUGUUGAGUGGCGAGAGAGUAUUGCCUCAGCCCAAACCACCAGCUUAUUUUGCUGACACAGAUUUGUGGAAAGGAGAUCAUUCCCUAUCAUGCAAUACAUGCAUUACAGAUGUUGAACCGCGAUGAAAAUUCAUACAACAAAUCAAAGUUUGCCAUGUAAAUUUUGAGACCUUUGAAUCAUUACAAGUUUUGUUUAAUAAUUUCAUUCAAAAUUGUAAUGAUUAUUGGUGGGUUGCAUAUGAAUAGAACUUUGUCACUGAGGUUUAACCCAGAGGAUUUACAUCUUAAAUGGGUAUUUCUCCUC